AGAUCUUCCUUUUUCUUUUUCAAGGGACCAAACAUCACCUGACACAGUCCGUCGCCAUGACAGCCUUGAUCAUCCAUGUCUUUAUUCUGCUCUUGGUUUCCUCUUUGGUGCUUGCCAAGAAUGGCUCACCACCCAAGGGACACCCCUGCGUUCCCCACUCUCAGCCAUGGCAAGCGGCCAUCUUCAGAUCCUUCUCUUUCUACUGCGGAGCCAUCCUCCUAGAUCAGAGCUGGGUACUCACGGCAGCUCACUGCAAUAAUGGUGCUGUCCGCAUCCGGCUCGGAGAAGGAAACCUAAAUCACUUUGAUGGAACGGAACAAUAUAAGCAUGUGAUCAAAGCCAUUGUCCACCCUGAAUACAAUCGCUCAACCCACAACAACGAUCUCAUGCUGCUGAAACUGAUGACCCCAGCAAGGCUGAACUGCUACGUACAGCCUUUGGGACUGUCUUCCCAGAGGGCAAGUCCUGGGGAAAUGUGUUUGGUAUCAGGAUGGGGAGCUCCCAUAAAUGCUCAAGAUGAUAUCCCCCUGGUCCUUUACUGUGCAAAUGUCAGGAUAAUCUCUCACAAUCAGUGUGAGGCUGAAUAUCCUGGGAAAGUGAACAGGAAAAUGGUGUGCGCUGCCGCCUUACAGAGAGGCACAGACUCUUGCGAG